CCUCCAUCACUACUAUGACCACAGUCUCUGCGCGCUUUUCACAGGCUGGGAUGAUGCAGACGCAGGAGACGCAUUCUUGCUGUUUUACCACGCUGGGUUUGGGAACGAUUAACAACCUGGGUUGUUGCUGAAUGAUCGGAGGGAUUACAAGACAGCAGAGGGAUUUCACACGGUUUGGAGCGGUGCUGAGGAGUAGGGGGAUCCGGAUGAGCAUUGAUGAUGCCCUCCCUAAUCCUUCUGCUGAGACUCAUUGGAUCCCCUUCGGUGCCCGGACACCUCAGUGCGGCUCUUUGACUCAUCCGGCUCAUCCUCUGCAGUCAUCAGCUGCUGAUCAAUCCUAACUCACUUCCCUUUUUCAGGCUUUGCCUUCUCCAGUCUCUCCUUUCAGACUGGGAAUACAUUGAUCUGAUAGUGAAUCCUGAUAUGCCAGCUGAGUCUGUUGUGGACGUCUGACAGCAAUGUCAAAACUCACCCACGUACAAAUGUGACAACAGGUUUACUGUAACUCCUCAUUCUGCUCCUUUUUUGGCUUUUUUUGCUGCACUGGUUGGAAUCCAAAGCCAUAGCUCUUUUGUCGCUGUGAAGAAGACUGCUUGUUAUGAGGAUUUCUGACACCAAAAAGAUUGAAAACUACAGCCAUACUUACGCUCAGCUUGUCGGCAGUAGACCCAAGCUGUGGAAGGAAAUCUUCUCUAAUGUGGAGAGUUUAACAGAAGCCGUUAAACUCUGUGAUAAGACAGGACUCCUGUGCUCCUGGUCUGAAAAGUUUAACCUUGAGGGAUCUACAGACUCCUUCCAUCUUUAAGACCCGGUCUGAGCUGCCCAGUGUGGAGCAGCCUGCUUUCCAGAUGCUGCCAUGCCCAUCAUCAGCAACGCCAACCAUGACUUCAGCAAUCUGUCUGUCAGCGAUGACAGCAGUCUGGACCGUAUCUUCACAGAGAUACCCGAGACUGAGACCAUCAAGGGUGUGUACUACAAGAGGGCACAGCUCAUCCGUCGGCCCGAGGACCUUGUCUCUAUCGACCAUGCCCUCUUGGCGUUGAUUAAUGUUGGGGGAAACCGCUACACCUUCCCCUGGAGCACCUUGGAGCAGUUCCCGCUCACACGACUGGGUCGUCUCUGUGGCUGCCGGUCACCUGAGGACAUCGCCAGAGUCUGUGACGACUAUGACGAAGCCCGUAAGGAGUUCUUCUUUGAUCGCUCUCCGUCUGCCUUCAGGGUCAUCCUAAACUUCCUGGCCGCUGGGAAACUGCGUCUGCUGAGGGAGAUGUGCGUCCUCUCCCUGCAUGACGAGCUGACCUACUGGGGCGUGGAGAUGGCAUACAUGGAGCGCUGCUGCAAAAGGAAGAUGUACACACGUAUCGAGGAGGUGCACGAGCUGGAGCGGCGUGAGGAGGAGCGGCGGCAAAGAAACGCCAUGCAGCGUGUACCUGUGGAGGAGACGAGGUACCGAAAGGUGAUGAACUGGCUGAGAGACACGGUGGAGAACCCACAGUCUGGUUUACCAGGGAAGAUCUUCGCCUGCAUGUCUGUGAUAAUGGUGGCAGUGACAGUUGUCAGCUUGUGUAUCAGCACCAUGCCAGACCUGAGGGAGGAGGAGGACAGGGGCGAGUGUUCGUCUAAGUGCUACAACAUGUUCAUCAUAGAGACUGUGUGUGUGGCCUGGUUCUCCCUGGAGUUCAUCCUGCGGUUCAUCCAGGCUCGCAGCAAGCUGGACUUCCUCCGUGGGCCGCUCAACAUCAUUGACGCCAUGGCCAUCCUCCCCUACUACGUCUCCCUGGUGGUGAAAGAGGAGGACCCAGACAUGGACCACGAAAGGCCGGGGGGAGGUAAGGGUUACUUGGACAAGCUGGGCCUGGUGUUGAGGAUUCUGCGGGCGCUGAGGAUUCUCUACGUGAUGCGGCUAGCUCGCCACUCGCUUGGCCUGCAGACGCUGGGGCUGACAGUCAGACGAAGCACCCGGGAGUUUGGGCUCCUUCUGCUCUUCCUCUGCGUGGCUGUCACCCUCUUCUCCCCACUGGUCCACUUGGCUGAGAGCGAGCUCACAGGCGCCCAUGACUUCAGCAGCAUCCCUGCCUCCUAUUGGUGGGCCAUUAUUUCCAUGACUACUGUAGGCUACGGCGAUAUGGUGCCUAGAUCCAUCCCGGGCCAGGUUGUAGCACUGAGCAGCAUCCUCAGCGGGAUCCUCAUCAUGGCCUUCCCUGCUACCUCCAUCUUCCACAUGUUCUCCCGCUCCUAUCAAGAGCUCAAGAUGGAGCAUGACAGACUGUUCAAAGAGGAGUGUGCGGCGGCUGCUGCUGCUGCCGCUGCCACAGGGGAGCUGCAAGAGGCAGGAGGAGACGGAGACAUGGGGGACUCAUCUGUGCCUGGACUGGGACUACGUCUCGACAAGGACAGUGUGCACUCACUGGAGUCCCUGGCUCUUUUAGGGAAAGGUGAAGAUUCUGCAGGAAACAACAACCACAGCCUACCACCUGCAGCUUUCUGAACUCUGUUUGCAAAGACUGACUUGAGUAUAAACUUCCAAGAAGAUGUGAUUCCACUGAUCUCUUUGUUGCAUAAAAUAAAACAGCAAACAUUAUUCCUCCAAAGGCCUCACUUCCCAUGAGGUUCUGAAGGUAUCUUGGAUGAAAGGAGAUAAAACAAACAGCAUUUCUUUUGCUCUUUGGUCUUGAGACUGCUAAGAAACUUAAGAGACUUCAAACCCUUUAAAAUGGACAGUGUAGUCUGACCAGAAAGCCUCUGCAGCAAUAUCAGUAACCAGCUGCUUCCAUAAACAUGCAAUAUUCAAUCCAAAGUUGCUUUUCCUUCCACUGUGAAAAAUAUAUAUGUACUUCAACUGCAAAUUAUACUUUUAUUCUUAUUACGUUGAAUAUGUCGCCUACAGUAUGAUCUGAAAAUGUGUCUAAUAGAGGGUAUGCACGCGACGUCACUGUGGGCUGAGUUCCUGCAACUCUGAGUGGCAGAAAGAACCAUACUGGUGUCAGGGAUGAGCAGGAAGUAUGCAGCUUUAAUGCAGUGAAAAAGGACUGUCUUUUCGGUAAUUAAUCCUUCACAAUGUUCUCCUUCUGCAGCAUAGAUCCUGGGAAUAUUUAAAAUAUAUUUAGAAGCAUUUGGGUUCAUAAUAUUACAGUAAGAAAGCCACAGGAUGAAGCCAUGCAGUUACAGGACAUACUGCAUAUCACAGAAGCUCCAUGCAUUCAGUUAGUGAUGAAUAGAAUAUGAACUCUCCCUUCUCUUAAUUUAGAAUGAUGGAAAUUAAGAGCUUUACUUUCAGCAGAUCAGUCAGACAGUGACAGAACAUGAAGAUAAAAAGACAUCUAAGGACGGAUUAUGCUUUUGUGCUAAAAUGCAAGACGAAGAUUAAUGCGCCCACUUUUCAGCAAAACAUAAAUUCAUAGAUAUUCAUCUCAAGUAUCUGACCUAAUACAGCUGUCAGACCGUUGAAAAAUUGUUCUAGGAGUAAUCUCAUUAUUUCUAACUGCAAAUAAUCUCCUUUUGUUGCAUUUUGAAAUUCAAGUAUUUUGCAUUAAAAAACUAAGGGUAUUAACUUUCUGUUUGGAUACAGACCUGCUUUUAUUUUGAAAGAAAGAAAAGAAUUUUAGGUAAGAAUAAGAUAAUGACGUGAACUUAAUCACAGAAAAAAACUUGUUUAGGAUUAAAAAAGGAAACAAGGGUGGGGUAAAAAGAUUGUUUUUUGAUAACAAGAGUAUCAGAUGACUUGUGACUCGUCCACUGAGCUUUCUGUGACUUUUUUAAAAUGAAAUGAGACAUUAAGGAGCAGAGGUGGAUUUAUUUCACAUUUCAGAAAGAUAAUGUGAACACACAUUUACAGCAGUGGUUCAAAACCUUUUUUCCUAAGAC